AACUGAACGGCUUGUGAGUGUGAAAAAUAACCUCCUGUCAAGUACAUUUUAACUUUAAAGUCUUUUCAGAAAUAAUUUUGUAUUAGAACCGACAAGUUUAAUUUUCUUAAUAAUUCUAUUUUACAAUCGAGGAAAAAGAAGUUUACAGUUUAAAAAAGGAUAUUUUAAUUUCCGAAGAGAAAUUAUCGAAGAAAGGAAGUAAAAAUAAUGCCAAUUUCUAACCGCCACUUGCCUUUAAAAUCAGAAAGUUGGUCGACCCAGAGAAGUUUCACUUAUCCAGAAUGUUCUUCAACAAAUUCUUUGUAUGAAAAUAUUGAUAACUCAUCUUUAUCAAAAAUAUUUCGUCAAAUAAGAGCGAUUUUAUCAAGAAGUGGUCAAGUUGUGACAUCUAAAAAAAUUAAAGAUAAGUAACAAUAGGCACGUUGAAAUCGAAGAUCUAAUGACAAUCGCCUUGAAUUGCCGAUAUCUGGAAUAUAUUUCAAUAACUCGUCCAAAAACGAAUGAUAAUUCUCUUAAAAUUUGUAAUGGUCAUGCAGUUUUCUGCUUUAACAGCGUUUCGAAGACUUUAAAAACAAUUAAAUUUCACGUUGUGUGAUUAGGAACUCCUACUUUUGGGGCCAUACUAAACUGCCCUCAUCUUGAAAAAUUAGAACUACCAGAAGCUCUCCCCCUAACAGGAUAUACUCUUCGAGAAUAUGCAUCUAAAUUAGCAAACCUUAAAGAACUUCAUCUUAUACAAGCGUCUAAUCUGAUAUCAGAAGACUUCACAUUUCUCAACCAGAAAAACGCUUUUAAAAAUGUGUCUUAUCUUAAUCUCUCUGGAUGCUAUAAAAUUUGCAACAAUGCUCUUCAGAGUAUUUCAAGAUGCUCUUCAAGACUAUUUUAUUUUCGUUUAAAAUGCUGUAAAUUACUGGGUGAUAUCAAAAUUAUAGAAAAAAACUGCGAUGAACUGAAAUAUUAAAAUAUUGCCUACGCGUUUCGACUUGAAGAUGACUGUUCUUCUGAAAAGUUAAUCGAAUUGAUAAAAUUACGUGCUUUCGCGAUAGGAGCUAAAGUAGAUGAAAAUAUCUUGAUUUAUAUUCACGAGAAGAUGCCUAAAGUAACUCUGUAUCGAUCAAUCUCAGAAUAUGAAAAAGAUGAAAAGCUUAUAGAAUUCAAAACAUCGGAAUCAGUAAUGAAUAAUUUACCUGAUAAUUAAAACUCUCAACAAAUAUACAUCCUUUUGAAUCUUAUGCAAAUUUUGAUUAUGGAAACUUUCGUGUUGUGUCAAAAUGAAAAUUAGGGAAUAAUGUGUCAACCAAAUUUGUACAAAGAUUGUUUCAGUCUAAGCAUGUUGCAAGGAUAUGGCUGAACUGCACAUAAUUGGCCAGAUAGCAUCAGCAAAAAACUUCGAGCAAGUACGCAUCUUGUGCAAAUGGAGUUUCCACGCUGGAACAGGAUGGAAAAUUUUGAGUGGGUCUUUCGAGGGCCAAACACAAGAAAGCUGUGACUUUUAUACGAAUGUGCCAGUUUGGGAUCAUCCUGUAGAUGUACAUUACGGAACAACAUCACUUCAAGGAUCCCCUAAAAUAUUGCUACAAUUAUUUUGCAGAGAUAACUAUAACAGAAUAUUAUUUCUAGCAUAUGGUGUAUGUUCUGUUCCUUUAACUCCUGGAUUCCACGAGCUUGAAUGUCACACCUGGAAACCGAUUGGACAUUGGCAAGAUAGACUAAAAGACAAAUUCCUGGGAUUAACACUGCAAUUAAAAUCCCCAAACGUCUUGAUCAAUACGCAAGAUAGAUUCGAAUUACUAACAGAAAGCAUGGGAACUGUAAAAAUAAAUCUACACAUCGUGAGCAGAAACUUUGAAAAAUUUGGUUGUAGCUUGUGAAAAAUAGAAAACUAAUAAUUGCAUCUGUACUUGUUUAAAUUACAAAACAAUAUCAUCAUUCAAGUAUAAUUUUUUAUAUAAAAUUAUCACGAUGUGGAUUUUAAAAUCGUAUUGCCUAAUCU